UAUUUGGUUUUAACUUUCCCACUCCACAGCCCAAAGAAUCAAAAGAUUUGCUUCCUUUCUUUCUUUCUCACUUUGUGUUUAAUUCAGUUUCUCCACUUUUCUUUCCACCCAAACACCAAAAGUCUCUCUUUAUUUUUAGUUAUUACCUUCCCCAUCCCUUAUUUGAAUUCCACACUGAGAACAUUUUUAGGGCAACUCUUCAUUGAUCCAAUCAAGGAAAAACCUUUGGAAGGGUAUUGACUGGUUACCUGAUUUAGGUUUUCUAGUGAAGGCGGUUAGGUUCGAGAAUGUUCUUCACCGGUGAUCCUUCCAGUCGGAAGCGAGUUGAUUUGGGUGGUCGGAGCUCCAAGGAGAGAGAUAGGCAGAAACUUCUAGAACAAACGCGAUUGGAGCGGAAUCGCCGCCUCUGGUUGCGUCGCCAGAAUUCUGCAGCUCUCACGAUUCAGAAAUACUUCAGAGGGAGAAAGGUUGUGGAAGCUGAACAUGCCAAGGUCCGAGAGCACUUCUACCAAACCUACAGAAAGCACUGCCAAAAUGUAGAUAGGCAUUGUUUUGGUCCAGACUCAGAGUUUCUCCGCCAGCUAAUUUUCUUCUUUGAUGCCCACAAUUUAAAUGAUUUUUCAGUUCUUGUUGAGACUUGCCGAUUAAUUCAGAAUUUUGUUCGAGAUAGCGGGGAUACCGUUGGACUCUUUGCAGGUAUGGACUAUUCACCCAAUCAUUCUUUAGUUGCCUACAGACUGAAGCGGCUCUCAUUUGCUUGUAUUCAGGCUAUACAUCAGAACAGAAAUCAAUUGAAAGAUCAACUGUUGAUGGCUCCUGAGGAGGCCACUGCAUCAACAACCAUCUUGCUUCAAACAUUGCUUUUGUUUUUAGAUCCUAAACUGCCAUGGGCAUGUAAGGCAGUUGGUUAUCUCAUGCAAAGAAAUGUAUUCUCUCUGUUUAGAGAAGUUAUUCUAAUGGUAAAGGAAAAUAUAAGUGCUGGAGGUUCUUUUGGGAAAAUAUCUACAUUGGAGCGUGUGCUUGCUCUUAUGAUUUCUCAUGUUGGUCAGAGUACAUGUGUUUGCUCAAAUGUGGAUUCACAAUGGAGUUUCUCAUCCCAAAUUCUUACAAUCCCUUUCAUAUGGCAACUUUUUCCAUACUUAAAAGUGGUUUUUGCUUCUUGGAGAUUGACUCUGCACUACACUAAUAAGAUGGUCUUGUGUGUGCAAAACCACGCUAAUUUACUUCCCACUGAUAUAUCAAAUAAGUUUCCUGGUUAUGCCUGCCUCCUUGGUAAUAUUUUAGAAACAGCAGGUGCUGCUUUAUCUCAGCCUGACUGCUCAUUUGAAAUGGCCAUGGACCUUGCAGCUGUUACAACUUUCUUGUUGGAUGCUCUUCCUCCUAUAAAAUCAUCAAGCAGAGAAAGUCCUACAGUUGCAGAGGAUGGUAUGAUCAUAGGUGAUGAAAUAGAGGAAAUAGUUUUGGAUAGUAAUUUGGAGCAGCAGAUAACUAAUGCUAUUGAUUCACGCUUUCUGCUGCAAUUGACUAAUGUGUUGUUUGGAGGGAUUUCCGCUGCUUGUGAUCCACAUAAUGAAGGACCAGAUGAUAAGGAGGUGGCAGCCGUUACUGCUGCUUGUGCUUUUCUGCAUGUUACUUUCAAUACUUUACCUCUAGAGAGAAUCAUGACUGUACUGGCCUAUAGAACUGAACUUGUUCCAGUGCUUUGGAAUUUUAUUAAGCGAUGUCAUCAUAAUCAAAAGUGGUCACCCUUGCCUGAGCGUUUUUCAUAUCUCUUGGGAGAUGCACCUGGUUGGCUGCUACCUCUGGCCGUUUUCUGUCCAGUGUAUAAGCACAUGCUUAUGAUAGUUGAUAAUGAGGAGUUUUAUGAGCAGGAGAAGCCAUUGUCUUUGAAGGAUGUCAGAUGCCUAAUUGUCAUUCUGAGACAGGCGUUAUGGCAGCUCCUAUGGGUGAUUCCUUCUGUUCACCCUACCUGUGGGAAAUCUAUCUCCAAUACUUCUUCUCAUAAGAGGCAACUUGUUGAAACUAUUCAAAAUAGGGUUGGUACUGUGGUCUCAGAGCUCCUAUCCCAGUUGCAAGAUUGGAAUAACCGGCGGCAAUUUACUCCGCCCAGUGACUUUCAUGCUGAUGGUGUAAAUGACUUUUUUAUUUCUCAGGCUGCGGUGGAAGGCAGCAAAGCACAUGACAUAUUGAAGCAAGCACCUUUUUUGAUUCCAUUCACCAGCAGAGCUAAAAUAUUCACUUCUCAACUAGCAUCAGUUAGGCAGAGACAUGGGGCUCAUGGAGUUUUUACCAGGAACCGAUUCAGAAUACGAAGGGAUCAUAUUUUAGAAGAUGCUUAUAAUCAGAUGAGUCAAUUGUCCGAGGAGGAUCUUAGAGGACUGAUUCGAGUAACUUUUGUCAAUGAGUUUGGGGUGGAGGAGGCUGGCAUUGAUGGUGGUGGAAUUUUCAAAGAUUUUAUGGAGAAUAUUACUCGGGCUGCAUUUGAUGUGCAAUAUGGGUUAUUUAAGGAAACAGCUGAUCACCUCCUAUAUCCAAAUCCUGGAUCUGGGAUGAUACAUGAACAGCAUCUCCAAUUUUUCCAUUUCUUGGGAACACUACUUGCAAAGGCCAUGUUUGAAGGGAUUCUUGUGGAUAUACCAUUUGCGACAUUCUUAUUGAGCAAAUUGAAGCAAAAGUACAAUUAUUUAAAUGACUUGCCUUCUUUGGAUCCAGAAUUAUAUCGCCACCUUAUUUUCUUAAAGCAUUAUAAAGGGGACAUAUCAGAGUUGGAGCUCUACUUUGUAAUUGUGAAUAAUGAAUACGGCGAACAAACAGAAGAAGAGCUGCUUCCAGGAGGCAAAAACAUACAUGUUACAAAUGAGAAUGUCAUCACAUUUAUUCACCUUGUAUCUAACCACCGUUUGAAUUUUCAGAUACGUCAGCAAAGUUCUCAUUUCCUUAGGGGAUUUCAGCAGCUUAUGCAGAAAGAUUGGAUUGAUAUGUUCAAUGAACAUGAAUUGCAGCUUCUGAUUUCAGGUUCACUUGAUAGCUUGGAUGUUGAUGACCUUCGAUGCCACACCAAUUACGCUGGUGGCUAUCAUGGCGAGCAUUAUGUCAUUGAUAUGUUUUGGGAAGUCCUCAAAAGCUUUUCACUGGAAAAUCAAAAGAAAUUUUUGAAGUUUGUGACUGGUUGUUCUCGAGGACCUUUGCUGGGAUUCAAAUAUCUCGAACCUCUAUUUUGCAUACAAAGAGCUGCUGGAAGUGCCUCUGAAGAAGCAUUGGACCGAUUACCAACAUCAGCUACUUGUAUGAACCUUCUAAAGCUUCCACCAUAUAGAAGCAAAGAGCAACUGGAAGCCAAAUUGGUGUAUGCAAUAAAUGCAGAUGCGGGUUUUGAUUUGAGUUGAUGUAUCCUGUGGAUUCCAGUCCGACACAAUGCCAGGCUCUGCUGUUGCCUGGUUGGGAACACUCAUUUUGCAGUUAUAUUAAAGGUUGGGAGGACAUGCUAUGAUAAUCUCCUAGUGGUUUCAGAGAUGCAAGCAAGGAGCCUUAAGGAGAAUCAAUGAGUGCUGGGCCAAAGGGUGAUGGCUAAGCAUAACAGUGUAUAGAUAAAUAGCUUGCUCCUUUAGUUGAAAUGUACAAACGUGGAGACAUCUGCAUUUAGUAUUCUCUCAUCUCCUCUUUUGUGAAGGUUUAAGCAAACAUAUGAAAGAGGGAAGCGAACAGAUAUGGAAUCUGCAAUAUUUAUUAACUUCUGAAGAUCACUCGUGCAGUGCAGCAGCAAGGCUCAUCAAAACUACCAGGUUUGGUCUUUUGUCAUUGUCAAGGUGUUCUUGAUGCAAGUCAAAUAUAUACAUAAAAAUAAAUAAAUAGAUAAAUUUCUUGUAUAAUCAUUUGUAUAUGAAUAAACAUUUAACAUAAUUGUCUGUUCAAACUUAUGAGUAA